ACCGAGGCGGCGCAGCUUCCCGGAGACCGACGUCGGCGCGGCAGCUCCGGCGGGGGCGGAAGAGCUCUUCCGGCGGGGCGCGGAGGGGUCGGCGAGGCCCGGGAGCCGCCGCGGCACCAUGGCGACCACCGUCAGCACGCAGCGCGGCCCGGUGUACAUCGGCGAGCUCCCCCAGGACUUUCUCCGCAUCACUCCCACACAGCAGCAGCAGCAGAUCCAGCUGGAUGCCCAGGCAGCCCAGCAGCUGCAGUACGGAGGGGCAGUGGGGACUGUGGGCCGCCUCAGCAUCACUGUGGUGCAGGCAAAGUUGGCGAAGAAUUAUGGCAUGACUCGUAUGGACCCCUAUUGCCGCCUGCGCCUAGGUUACGCAGUGUACGAGACGCCCACAGCCCACAAUGGUGCCAAGAACCCUCGCUGGAACAAAGUCAUCCAGUGCACAGUGCCCCCUGGCGUGGACUCCUUCUACCUUGAGAUCUUUGAUGAGCGAGCCUUCUCCAUGGACGACCGUAUCGCCUGGACCCACAUCACCAUCCCUGAGUCUCUGAAGCAGGGCCAGGUGGAGGAUGAGUGGUACAGCCUGAGUGGGAGGCAGGGUGAUGACAAGGAGGGCAUGAUCAACCUGGUCAUGUCCUACACGUCCCUGCCAGCUGCCAUGAUGAUGCCGCCCCAGCCUGUGGUCCUGAUGCCAACCGUGUACCAGCAGGGCGUCGGCUAUGUGCCCAUCGCAGGAAUGCCUGCGGUGUGCAGCCCUGGCAUGGUGCCCGUGGCCAUGCCCCCGCCAGCAGUGACCGCCCAGCCCCGCUGUAACGAGGAGGACCUGAAGGCCAUCCAGGACAUGUUUCCCAACAUGGACAAGGAGGUGAUCCGCUCUGUGCUGGAAGCCCAGAGAGGGAACAAGGGCGCUGCUAUCAACUCCCUGCUACAGAUGGGCGAGGAGUCCUAGGCCUGCCUCUGUCUACGCCUCCCACCACCGGCCCUUUGGACCUGCCAUCCCAGGGCUCCGGGUCAGCUCCCCAAGAUUCCUAUGAAAGACCACCUAUGUACUCCUUCCUUGGACAUCUGUGCCGCCCCUCCCCUGUUUUGGGAUGCAUGUGGGUUUUCCCUUCCUAGCAGUCCUCUUGGCCACUGGUGGGGUGAGGCGGCCCCCCUCGUCUUGACCACUGGUGGGUGAGGCGGCCCCCCUCGUCUUGACCACUGGUGGGUGAGGCGGCCCCCCUCGUCUUGACCACUGGUGGGUGAGGCGGCCCCCCUCCUCUUGACCACUGGUGGGGUGAGGCGGCCCCCCUCGUCUUGACCACUGGUGGGUGAGGCGGCCCCCCUCGUCUUGGCCACUGGUGGGGUGAGGCGGCCCCCCUCGUCUUGACCACUGGUGGGGUGAGGCGGCCCCCUCGUCUUGGGUGGGUGAUGGAGGCACUGCCAUAUCACUGCAGGCCUGUGCUCCUGCUGCAUGGGGACCUGUGUCUCCCCUCUCCACACUGUUGGAAAGCAGCUUCCUCUGCCAGGGUGUUAGAAGUUACAGAGUGUCCUUUUGGGUUGAAUGGCAUGGGUUAUUUCAACAAAUUGGGACAGACCUGGCUAAGGCGCUCAGAGUUUGUUUACUGACUUGUGGGUUGUGUGGAGAGCUCAUGUCCUUCCUAGUGUUCUCUGUGAACAUAGACUACUUCCUCACUGGGUUCUGGGCCAGGGAGCUGUGCUUUCCAGCCACGGCUAGCAGGCCUACCUGCCCAGCUCACCUUGUCCCUGUCAGCCAGGCCUCAGCCAUAGUUUCCAUGAUGCAGAAUGAGUCCAGACCUGCCGUGAGAAGGGAGCCUGGGGCAGGAGCCCCCUGUUUCCCCACCUGGCUGCUGCCUGUCUUCCUGCUGUUUCCUCCCAUCUCUCUGGAGUUAGCUGGAGGGCUUCUUGGUACAGUGCCUGGAGUCUGGCAAAGGGACAGAUGCAGCACCUUGCUUCCUAAAAGUGUUCAGGCAUUGUAGCUACUACUGACCCUGUAAGGAGAUGCUGUCCGCCACGUACAUGUAGCUCAGUCUGGAUGACCGAAACCAGCACAGGCUCACACUUCAGACUUUCCAGAGGCUAGAGGUGCCCACGCCCUGACCCCCGUUCACUGCAGGUCACCACACCCUGGCCACUGCAUCAGCCCUUUGGACCCAUGUCUUGGCUGCCCACUCAAGGUAUAGGGACAACGCAGGAGACACCUCAUUGUGAGACUCAGAACCUUGAGAGCUUUCUCAAGUGAUGCAUUACAUACGCACACCAGGGAAAAUCUGGCAAGCAUUGAUGCAUGUUUGUGUUGUAGUUCCUCAUUAAAUUGCAGUUGCUUCUUGUUCUUCUGAGUGUUUGAUCCCAGCCUUUGGAGACAAAGCGGACUGAUCAGCAGGCCGGGAAAUCCAGCAGUGUGGACCUUGUGGAAGAAUGAGAGUGAGGAAGUUAGUACUGGAAUUCCAGUCUUUUCCCCGCCUAAAAACAUAGGGCAGGUUUUAAUGUCAGCUGGAAAAUACUGCUUUCAGCCACCUGUGGAGGUGCUUUUUUGUCAAAUAUAUUAUUCAUAAAUAUUUAUUUUUGUAACCCUGAAGGAGUGUGGGUGGUGGUACCGAGCGCUUUGCUUUCCCUGUGGGUAGUGGAAAGACACCCAUGUGAGUUAAGUCAGUUGGAGUGCUCACUCGAGCACCGGCCGCUGGGAGCGGAUGACGUGUCCGGCGAGGCGGGCCUCUCCAGGCAGUCCAUGCAGUGCCGCCGGCGGACGCAGCAGGGAGCCCCAGGUUCCUGGUGUGGCUGCAAUGCCAGCCUCUGCCUUAAUGUCGCUGGGUGCCUGCGCGUGUCUCAGCCUGGUUCUGAGGAGCAUCCCGGAGAGAGCACCCCCAAGGAGCACUGUGGGCACCGCAUGAGACAGUGAUUGCUUUAGGGUAGACUUCAGAUGGAACUUACCACAGUCUCUUCCCUUUUUCAUGAACACUUUAUUUUUUUAAGAUUGAGAAAGAUCACAUUUUAUAAGGCCUUUAAUUCAGUGAGACUCUUCUUUGUUUUGUGUUGUCCUGGCCUGGCCUGGGAAGGGAGGUGGGAGGUGCUUGCCAGCUCCCGUCCUGUGUCUGGUUUGGAUGAAAGAUGGUCACACCUGGAAGGCAGAGACCCCAGCAGACUGGGGCAGGCGCAGACGGCUCCCCGCCCUGGGCCGGCCCUCUCCUGCCCACGUUGGAAGAUGCCGUCAUUAACAAAGCUGCGUGGGACGUUGGAGGGGAGCCGCCGUCAGCCUCUUCCAUGGAGGGCAGGGGUCUGCACUGUCGGGGCUGGUGCGUUUCCAUGGCAGUUGCUGGCUGGUUAGAGUCUGAGGUGUCCGAUGUCUGUGGGCUUCUGUCGCCCCGAGUGAAGAGUCUGGUGAGGGCCGUGGGCUGGGGGGCGCAUGGCGGCCGUGUCCUCUGGGCGUGCUGGGUGGUGGGAACAGGGCCGACUCUCAGAACUUUGUGUCUCUGGUUUCAUGGAGGCAGCCAUGUCCAGAUUUUUCCUUGAUUGUAAAAUAUAUUUUUACCUUUCAGCCUUCUAAUUUAAGUGGUCCAUAUAAAAAUAAAGUCCUCUAAGGAAAUGUUUACCA